GCCGUAGACGUUACACGUACAUAAAUUCCGUCGGGGGCGCAAAAUUCGCUCGUCGACGUCGCCGCCAUGAUAGAGGUGGCGAAGUGGGGCCAUCGGUCUCAAAGCAAGAUCUCACGACUACACCCCGGCUUUGAUGGGACCCAUGGGAACAGUUGUCAGAUCGAAAGGUGGCUCUGGCAUCAGGUCUUGGCUCCAUCAAUGGUUCGGAGCAACUUGGGCAUCCGAUAACUCAUAAGAGCGUUUUAUAAAAAUAGUUGUCAAUAUAAAGUAAUGGACAUUCUACGAUCGGCUGGCGGCCAGUUCAAGGUGUUCCUCGCCUCUCGUCCGAACAUAACUGGGUUGGAUCCAGCACGCCAGCAACCCUCGUGAGGAUAAGCCGAAUGCAACAUAAAUGAAUGAAUGAAUGGCUGCUCCUCGUUAGCAUGUCUUGACCACUAGAGGGCAGUAAAACACAGACAUCGACAUUUCGUUUUUUUAAUGUCAACAAGGACAGUGCUUCGGUCCCAAAUAUUUGCUCACAAGUUAAAAGAAAAAAAAAAUACUGUAUUUUGAGAAACUCGCAAGACUUUCGCCUACCUCAGAUGACUAAGCAAUUUAAUUGAUCUUUUAUUUAAUGCAUGUAUUAUGAAAUGGUGACAUGGUGGAUGACUGAUUAGCACAUCUGCCUCACAGUUUUAAGGACCUGGGUUCAAAUCUGGUCUCCCCUGUGUAAAUAAAUUAAAAUCCAUCCAUCCAUUUUCUUCACCACUUAUCCUCACAAGGGUCGCAGGGAGUGCUGGAGCCUAUCCCAGCUGUCAACGGUAGACCCUGAAGUGGUUGGCAGUCAAUCGCAGGGCACAUAGAGACAAUCAGUUGCACUCACAAUCACACCUAGGGGCAAUUUAGAGUGUCCAAUUAAUGUUGCAUGUUUUUGAAAUGUGGGAGGAAACCAGAGUGCCCGGAGGAAACCCACGCAGUUACGGGGAGAACACGUUAAGUCCACACAGGCGGGUUCCAGGAUUGAACCCAGGACUGUGAGGCCAACGCUUUACCAUCUGAUCCACCGCGCCGCCCAAGUAUUAAGAUCGAGAGUAAAUAACAUUUUUCAACAUAUACAUCUGAUAAAUGUAUUUUUGUUAUAUUUUUUAUUGUGUUUAUUUUUCAAGAAAGGGACAGUCACUUUCUUGAGGGUUCAUGCUUCAUACAUUUUUUUAUUCAUUUGAAAAUGUCUAUGUGCGUUCAUCUGAGAUGACACGCUGUGGCGACCCCGAAAGGGACAAGCCGAAAGAAAAUUUUGUGAAAUGUUUAUAUUUACUUUAUUUCGUUUUUUUUAUGUCAGGGUGACGUUUUUUAAAUGUAAUUUAUUUAACCAAUGUUUUAUUUGUCCUUUUUAUAACAAAAAAAGUACAACUCGUGUAAUCUAGAAAAUCCAUUUAUUUUGCUUUACUAUUUUUUUUUUAUUAUUAUUUUUUUGUCGAAUGAAAAGUGCACUUGCUCGUCACGCCCCGCAAACACACACCUACAUGCGCGCACAAAUUUACACGCUACCGGUCACGUGACGCCCAGUUUAAAGAACUGCAAGACGAAUGUCAACAGAAGAAGAAGAAGAAAAGUCACAGUGUACGCUUGUCCAAUGUGAGCUCGCGUGUUUUGUAAAAUUGGGACUUUUUGGUGUGUACAAAUGCUGUUUAAAUAUGCCCCGUGACAUCAUCCUGUGCGUACUUCAACGUCGUGGGGAAAAAGUUGUCGGAUAGAAAUCGCCUUUUCGGAAUCGAUUCCGAGAAGGAGGAGGAGGCGGAGUUUGGGGUGUUCUCUUGGUUUUGGGGGUCCACUCCAUCUGCUCAACAGCCACUGAACGCACGACGCCGUCAAGAUGAACAAGAAACUGUGUGGGACAAACUACCCGGCCAGCAUCUGCUUCAUCGUUGUUAACGAGUUCUGCGAACGUUUCUCCUACUAUGGCAUGAAAGCGGUGUUGACGUUGUACUUCCUGACUUACCUGGGCUGGGACCACGACCUUUCCACGGCCGUGUACCACGCCUUCAGCAGCCUGUGCUACUUCACGCCCGUCCUCGGAGCCAUCAUUGCUGACACUUGGCUCGGGAAGUUCAAGACCAUCAUCUACCUGUCGGUUGUCUACGUGUUCGGCCAUGUGAUCAAGUCGGUCGGCGCCGUUCCCACGGUGGGAAGCAACAGCGUGCACAUGUAUGGAUGCCUGUCGACCACAGACCGCUCGCGCCGAUCGGCGUUUAUUGACAGUUUCUGUGUGUGUUCUAGAGGUCUGUCCAUGACGGGUUUAAUUUUGAUCGCCUUUGGAACUGGUGGAAUCAAGCCGUGCGUGGCCGCCUUUGGGGGCGACCAGUUUGAGAGCCAGCACGUCACCGAAAGGAUGAAAUUCUUCUCCAUAUUCUACAUGGCAAUCAACGCCGGCAGCCUCCUGUCCACCAUCAUCACGCCCAUCCUCAGAGGAGACGUGCAGUGCUUUGGCGGUGACUGCUACGCUUUGGCCUUCGGCGUGCCCGCCGCUCUCAUGAUGGUGGCGUUGGUUGUGUUCAUUUUAGGCAGCAGCCUCUACCGGCGCAAUCCUCCGGAAGGCAACAUAUUGAUGGAGGUCUGCAACUGCGUCGGUUUUGCCAUCAAGAACCGCUGGAGGAGAUCCAAAUACGAGUCGAGCAGGAGCCACUGGCUGGACUGGGCUGAGGAUAAGUACUCGAAGCGUCUGAUUGUGGAGAUCAAAAUGGUUCUGCGGGUUCUGGUGCUCUACAUCCCUCUGCCGAUGUUCUGGGCUCUGUUCGAUCAGCAGGGCUCCCGCUGGACGCUGCAGGCCACUCGGAUGAACCUGGCCUUUGGAGACACCAUCUCCAUCAAACCCGAUCAAAUGCAGACAUUGAACGCACUGCUGAUUCUGGUAUUCGUGCCCGUCUUCGACCUCCUCAUAUACCCGCUGGUCUCCCUCUGCAGGAUCAACAUCACGCCGCUGAGGAAAAUGGCCACAGGGAUGAUUUUCGCCGCGUUGGCAUUUGGUGCCGCCGCCUUGGUGGAGGUCCACGUGGUGAAAACUGAGGUGGCCCCAGCGCCGGCGGGGAAGUGUCUGCUGCAGGUCUUCAACCUGGCACCGGGGGACGUCCGUCUCCAUUUUCCUGAAGGCGACCCUUUUCCACAGCCGCUCCUAUACCUCCAGGACCCCCCUGAGUACCUUACGCUGCCCUUGGGGGCGCCCCGCAUCAACAUGACCUUAGCUGUCCACCACGAGGGGGUCGUCACUGACUGCAACGUCACGUUUGGCCAACAGGAGGCGUACAGUCUCAUCCUGCACCCCUCUGACGCUGGAAUACGCUGCAAACUGGUGGAAGAUCACAUCAAGAAAAACACCGAAGGAGCGCCUCUUCUCAGGUUCGUUAACACGCUGUCGGAGGCGGCCAACGUCACCGUGGGAGACGAGACUUUCCAUGCCGCCGCCCACUACAGCGUCUCUGCCAACAAGACAGUCCAGUGGGGAGACUAUACUAAAGUGAGCUGCACAUUUGGGUCAAAGACAUGCCCAGACCUGGACCUUGGUCUGCUGGACUUCGGUGCCUCCUACACUGUGGUCCUGCUGCAGGAGUCUGGUAGGAUGACAGCGCACAAGAUGGAGGACGUCCACGCCAACAACGUGCAUGUGGCCUGGCAGAUCCCGCAGUACGUCCUCAUCACGGCGGGCGAGGUCAUGUUCUCCAUCACGGGCCUGGAGUUCUCCUACUCGCAGGCCCCCGCAAACAUGAAGUCGGUCCUGCAGGCCGGGUGGCUGCUCACGGUCGCCUUCGGGAACGUCAUCGUCUUAAUCGUGGCGGAGGGCGCAGGCCUCGAACAGUGGAAGGAGUUCCUGCUGUUCUCUGGUCUGCUGCUGGCCGUGUGCAUGGUGUUCUCGGUCAUGGCUCACUUGUACACGUACGUGGACCUGAGGAAACUGGACAAGAGCUACCCCAGCGAUCACAACGGCCGCCAACGCGGCGCCCACCACAGCGACGACGACGACAGCGUCGACACGCUCAACAAGAAAAAACAAGACCUGGAGCGCAACACCAGACUUUAAACGCAACCGCCUUCGGGAUUUGGGAUGGCCCAAAAUAAAUUUAUGGGCAAAUAAUUGUUUUUGCAUUCCUUUACACCAGAUGCUAAUUGUUAGCAUGAAAGGCUAAUUGUCGAGUUUACGCACAACGUUUAAACUUUUUCUCAUCAUCUGUGUUUUUCAGAUUUCUUUGUGGCAUCCCCCACGAAAACUACAACUACAGUACUGUGUAAAAGUAUUGGGCGCCUUCUCUAAUUAGUACAUUUUGGAUCAAACAAAUGUAAAGAUCAGACAAGCGAACUUAAAAUGCAGGUUUUAAAUUGUGACUUCAUUUAGUUAGGAAACAAAAGUGUUCGGUUCGCUGGCCUCGAUGAAAGUCGUGGGCCCCAAACUAAAACUAAAUAAUAACUGGUUAGGUCCUCCUCAGCAGCAACAACGGAAAUAAAAGAUUUUUUUGAAUAACUGGCAAGAAGGGUUUCCCAUCUCUGCGAAGAUAUUUUGGACAACUUUGACUGUACCGUAAUUUUUUUUUUUUAAUUGUUUUGGGGGGCCGAAACAGUCUCUCUAAGGUCAUGCCACUACAUUUCAAAUGUAAAGUCUGGAUAUUCUCUUGGGGUGUAAUUUGUAGGCCGGCCCUUACUGGGAAGGUUCAUUCACCGCUGUUCCAUGUUUCCAGGGCACAUCGAAACAAACUGUUCACACUCACGUUCACACCUACGGGCAAUUCAGUCUUCAAUCAACCUACCACACAUUUUUGGAAUGUGGGAGGAAACGGGAGUACCCGGUGAAAAUAGGCAAGGCCGGACUUGGCCCAGUUGUCCAAGUCUUUCCCAUUUUUCAAUGGAAAAGCCACACUUCAACAUCACCAGUUCAUUUUACAACAAAAAACAAUUUUUUUUUUUUUUACUUUGUCAAGUUCCAAACUUGGCGGCACAGUGGAUCAACUGGUAAAGCGUUGGCCUCACAGUUCUGAGGUCCCGAGUUCAAACCCGGACCCAACUAUGUGGAGUUUGCAUGCCCCCUCCCCCUUUCUUCCGGGUACUCCAGUUUCCUCCGAUAUUCCAAAAACAUGCAACAUUAAUUGGACACUCUAAAUUGCCCCAAGGUGUGAUUGUGAGUGCGACUAUUUGUCUCGAUGUGCCCUGCCCUGGAUGGAAGAUCCCAACUUUUUUUCUCUGUAAAAAUCUGAAUUUUCACAAGUUUCUGUCAUUUUCCUGUAAUAAAACAACUUGAAAGUGUAA